GUUGAAAGCAAAACUCUCGGGAGUGAGUCAAUAACGGGGUAAAGAGAGAGAAAGUCAAUAUUCAAAGCUUUUGUGCGAAAAGAAAAUUCUUCCAUCAAUUAUGACACAAAAACCUUAUUAAAACUACUUAUAAGGACAAGCUCCAUGAUUUGCUUCCUCUUAAUUUCACUUCAAUUAUUUCUUUCUUCAUCCAAUAAUCGAAAGUAUCCGUAUUUCUGCUGUAAAGGUCGGAUCUUUUUGUGUGAUUCAGUUUGUAUAGCCCAUCUAUUCUUUUGGGUACCAGGUGCUCGUUUGGGAUUGGUUGUUUUCCACGAAUCAUUACCCAACCCACAUCUCUCAUUUAGUUUUUCAUCUCUGUCUGUGUGUCCUCAAGCUAUAGUCAGUGAAGUGGCGGAGUUUUCUACCUGGGAUUGUGUUAUUAUGGGAGCAUUUAAUGAGCAUUGAGCUUCUAGUAAUCGUAAAAAAGGUGAAAAAACCAAAUCUUUAGGGGGGUUAAAGUGGAUAUUUAGGGGGGAAUGAGGACAGGGAUAAGGAGAAAGCUGCAUUUGAGCAAGAUCUAUUCAUUCAGAUGUGGGAGGGCAUCAUUCAACAGAGAAGACCAUUCGCAGUUAGGUGGGCCAGGGUUUUCAAGAGUGGUGUUCUGCAAUGAACCAGAUGCUUUAGAGGCUGGUUUCAGGAAUUAUUCUGGGAACUAUGUUAGUACCACAAAGUAUACAGCUGCUACUUUCUUGCCUAAGUCUUUGUUUGAGCAGUUCAGGAGAGUGGCAAACUUCUACUUCCUGGUUGUGGGGAUCUUGUCCUUUACUGCUCUAGCUCCUUACUCUGCUGUCAGUUCUGUUAUUCCUCUUGUCAUUGUGAUUGGGGCAACAAUGGUGAAAGAGGGCAUUGAAGACUGGCAUAGGAAGCGGCAGGAUAUGGAAGUGAAUGGCAGAACAGUAAAAUUGCAUCAAGGAAAUGGAACCUUUGAGGAUACUCAGUGGAUAAACUUGAAAGUGGGAGAUGUUAUUAAGGUGCAAAAGGAUGAAUUUUUCCCAGCUGACCUUCUUUUACUGUCAUCAAGUUAUGAAGAUGCAGUCUGUUAUGUUGAGACUAUGAAUCUUGACGGGGAGACUAAUCUGAAGCUUAAACAGGCAUUAGAGCUAACUUCAUUCUUACAAGAGGACUCAAAAUUUGCCGAUUUCAAAGCUUUGGUUAAAUGUGAAGAUCCAAAUGCGAGUUUAUACACUUUUGUUGGAAGCAUGGAUUUUGAUGGACAACAGUACCCUCUUUCCCCUCAACAACUCCUUUUGAGGGACUCUAAGUUGAGGAACACGGAAUACAUAUACGGGGUAGUUGUCUUUGCGGGCCAUGACACGAAGGUUAUGCAAAACUCCACGGGCCCACCUUCAAAGAGAAGCAAAAUAGAGAGGAAAAUGGAUAAGAUCAUAUACUUCUUGUUUGGGGUGCUGUUCACUAUGGCGUUAAUCGGAUCAAUAUACUUCGGUAUUGUCACUAAGGAGGACUCUGACGACGGGCACAAGCGGUGGUAUUUAAGACCGGACCAGUCAACGAUCUUCUUCGACCCAGACCGUGCGCCAGCUGCUGCAAUUUACCACUUUUUAACAGCUCUGAUGCUCUACAGCUACUUGAUCCCAAUCUCAUUGUAUGUUUCCAUAGAGGUUGUUAAAGUUCUUCAAAGCAUGUUCAUUAAUAGGGACAUAAAUAUGUAUCAUGAAGAGACCGACAAACCGGCCAACGCCCGGACAUCCAAUUUGAAUGAGGAACUCGGUCAAGUCGACACGAUUCUUUCGGACAAGACAGGGACACUUACGUGUAAUUUGAUGGAGUUUGUUAAGUGUUCUGUGGCGGGGACCGCUUACGGGCGGGGCAUUACGGAGGUUGAAAGGGCAAUGGCUAAGAGGAACGGAUCUCCAUUGAUCAUUAACGGUAGGGAGGUUGAUGACUAUUCUCGUGACAUGGUGAACAAAUCAUCUGUGAAAGGCUUUAACUUUGUCGAUGAACGGAUCAUGGGUGAGGAGUGGAUUCAUGAGCCCCGUUCUGAUGUGAUACAAAGAUUUUUGCGUUUGUUGGCAGUGUGUCACACUGUCAUACCUGAAGUGGAUGAGUCUUCGGGUAAGGUGUCAUAUGAGGCCGAGUCUCCGGAUGAAGCUGCUUUUGUGAUUGCUGCGAGGGAGAUAGGGUUUGAGUUCAAUAAAAGGACUCAAACUAGUGUCUCAGUGACUGAAUUGGAUCCCACUUCAGGCAAACAAGUCGAGAGGUCAUAUAAACUUUUGAACGUAUUGGAGUUCAACAGCACAAGAAAAAGGAUGUCUGUGAUUGUUAGAGAUGAGGAGGGAAAGAUAUUGCUACUCUGUAAAGGCGCUGAUAAUGUCAUGUUUGAAAGGCUCGCCAUAAACGGAAGGGAGUUUGAAGAAGCAACAAAACAGCAUGUAAAUGAGUAUGCUGAUGCAGGCCUGAGGACUUUGAUACUUGCUUAUCGUGAACUAACUGAGGAAGAAUAUAAAGCAUUUAAUGAACAAUUUUCUGAGGCCAAGAACUCAAUUAGUGCAGACCGCGAUGCAAUGAUUGAUGAAGUGACCGAAAGGGUUGAAAAAGACUUGAUACUUCUUGGUGCCACAGCUGUUGAAGACAAACUCCAACAAGGGGUUCCUGAAUGCAUCGACAAGCUUGCCCAAGCAGGGAUAAAGAUAUGGGUUCUGACAGGAGACAAGAUGGAAACUGCCAUUAAUAUUGGUUAUGCUUGUAGUUUGCUUAGACAAGGAAUGAAACAGAUAGUUAUAAGCUUGGAUACGCCUGAAAUUCUGGCACUAGAGAGAGCUGGAGACAAAAAAGGAGCAGCCACGGCCUCAAAGAAAAGUGUUUCCAAGCAAAUUACCAAUGGGAAAGAAUUGGUCACCUCAUCAAACAAGGAAGCAUUUGCUCUAAUUGUUGAUGGGAAAUCCCUUACAUAUGCAUUGAAAGAUGACAUAAAAAACUCCUUUUUAGAGCUUGCAGUUGGGUGUGCUUCUGUUAUCUGUUGCCGUUCAUCACCAAAGCAGAAGGCAUUGGUCACAAGGCUUGUAAAAGAGGGAACUGGGAAAACAACUUUGGCAGUCGGGGAUGGAGCAAAUGAUGUAGGAAUGCUCCAAGAAGCAGAUAUCGGAAUUGGAAUAAGCGGUGUUGAAGGAAUGCAGGCUGUCAUGUCUAGUGAUGUGGCCAUCGCGCAGUUCCGUUUCUUGGAGCGCUUGCUUUUAGUGCAUGGACAUUGGUGUUACAGAAGGAUCUCUUCAAUGAUAUGCUAUUUCUUCUACAAAAAUAUAACCUUUGGCGUGACUGUGUUCCUCUACGAAGCGUAUGCAUCAUUUUCUGCACAACCCGCAUACAAUGAUUGGUUCCUUUCGCUUUACAAUGUCUUCUUCACAUCACUCCCUGUGAUUGCCUUGGGGGUUUUUGAUCAAGAUGUGUCCUCCCGGUAUUGUACAAAGUUUCCUUUACUUUAUCAAGAAGGGGUUCAAAACGUCCUCUUCAGCUGGAAGCGUAUAAUUGGAUGGAUGGUCAAUGGUCUCUGCUCAGCUAUCAUAAUAUUCUUCCUCUGCAUAAACACACUUGACCCUCAAGCCUACGAAAAGGACGGGAAAACAGCGGGGUUUGCGGAGGUGGGAACCGCAAUGUACACCUGCGUCGUUUGGGUAGUGAACUGCCAGAUGGCGCUCGCAGUCAGCUACUUCACCUUAAUCCAACACAUCUUCAUCUGGGGCGGCAUAGCUCUGUGGUACAUUUUCCUCAUCGUAUAUGGAGAGCUUCCCGUGACGAUUUCCACCACGGCGUACAAAAUCUUCCUAGAAGCCCUUGCACCGGCCCCUAUUUACUGGGUGGUCACUCCGUUUGUGGUUAUUGCGGCUUUGGUCCCUUACUUUUCAUAUAAUGCCAUACAGAUGCGAUUUUUCCCGAUGUAUCAUGGGAUGAUACAGUGGUUGAGGUAUGAGGGAAGGGUGGAGGACCCCGAAUACUGUAAUAUGGUCCGGCAGAGGUCAAUCAGGCCCAUCACUGUGGGCUUCACAGCCCGUUCUCUGGCGAGAACGAAUCCAUUGGAAGAUGGGAAUUACGAGACCAGAUGACAAACGGCGUAAAAAUAUAGAACUGCUCGGGGGCACGUUGUACAUAUGUAAUUGUUUGGGUACAGAUUGCUUAAUGUGUUUCAAUUGAUGUUGGAGAUUGACCCCCCCCCCCAACCUCUGUAAAUUUUGCAAUUAAUAGGUUUAUCUAUUCUUUCAUUGUACACUGACAUUGUUGACAGGAAGACAUUAUAGGUUUAGUGAUAGAGGGUUCAUUUUUGUUUGAAGCUAUUCUCUCUUCUGGUGUAAACAUUUUGUAACAAAGUUGAGUAAUUCUGCACUUCUCUUCAUAAGUAAUGUGAUAUUUUUGUUGA